CAAGUGCAAUGGUUUUCUAACAACGUCAGUCAAUUCAAUAGAUAAGUAUUUACUUAAUUAAUAAACAGUUACAGGGGCUGAGAGAGGGGUGUGUACAUACAUACGUUAGUAACGACAAAAUGGAAUUGCAGGAAGAUUAAAAAUGAAGUUAGUAUAGUACAGACCAUUAAUCAGAGUAUCAGACCCGUUACUUUUAUUACCAAGGACAAAUGGUAUAUUUUUCCUUGGUUCUCCAAGAAUGUACUGCGCAUUGAAAAAAUGUCUUUGCAACAAAAGAGCCGUGCGGGCCUUGAGCACCAGCGAAAUCUCGACGGCGCUCCGACCCUUUUAUUUCUCGGUACAUCCAGACCUCUUUGGACAAUUUCCAACUCAAAGGACAGUGAAUGAGAAUUCUCUAAAGCAGCUGAGUUCUGCGAUAGAACAUUUACAGCAGAAGAGACAAAUUAGGCCUACAACACUAGCCUUCUAUUUGCGCUCUAAAGAUGAAAAAGAAGUAAAGGCAGGAAAAUUUACUUUGGUGAACAUUCAACUAAAUGAGCAGGAUCUACGCAAAACAAUUAUAACUAUAUUGAAAACUUGCAAUUUGCCAACAUCUUCUGUUGAAAGACUUCAAGAUGAGAGAUCUCCAACUGCAGAAAAAAGCAAAAGUAAAAAUGAAUUUUGGAGUCAAAAUUUUUCUGGAGAAAUAAAUUUUUCUGAAUUAGAGGAUGAUCCAAUUUAUGCUUCUUUAUUGAUGAGGAGAAAAAUAAAUUGUGUACCUGAUACCCUCAAAGCAUACUUGGAUAAAAGUGUUAAUGAAGCUCACAUCAAAUUUGAAGCUUGCCGGCCAGUCACAUCUGAAGUAAAAAAAUUAGAAGUUGCCCUGUGUGAUCAUUUAGGUUUGAAAAAUAUAUUUUGGGACUGUGGAUGGAACGUCACUCACUACAGAGGAUGUUUAUUAGCCUUUCAAGCUUUGGCGCAGCAUCAUCCAGAACCUAUGGAAGUAUUGAAAGAUAGAACUCUUGUUUUUGCCAAUGAUACUGGUAUUGGAGUAGAAGGAAACGUAAUGCUCAACUCUGGAGAAGUCAGAAAUAAUUGGUUAGAUCUAAUAAAAAAUGUAAAGAAGUAUGAUUUGGUUCUACUUCGCUUACCUGCUUUUGAAAAAGCCGUGUCAAGAGUAUUGCUAGACAUAAAGGUUGGACGAAGGCCUGAUUUUAUGUGUAGAAAGUUUAUGCCUAAAGUUAUGGUUGGUGAAUAUGAGUCACAACUUCGACAAUUAAUAACCACUCUGUCGGAUUAUCGAGGAAAAAGAAGCUAUCCAAAUUCUUGGCCAGAAAGUUUGUCUUCUUACGAGAUAGUUAUAGAAGCAGAAGCUGGACCUCUAAUGUUAUCACCAACUGGUCAGUUUAUUGUGCCAUCUUCAUGUCCUAGCUUCUUACUAGUCAAUUUUAUAACAGAAAACCUUGAAGAAGCUGCAAAAAGAUUACAUCACUAUAAUAAUGUUAAAUACGUUGAACGAGAAUUACAUGCUAAAGUCAUUCAAGAAUUAGGCCUAGCUGAAUUGAAUAAAGAUGACAGCAUAAGUCCAGAUCAUAUGAUACGAUGCUGUGAACGUUUACUUUUGCACAAAAAUGUCUUGGCGCCUUUAUUGAAUGGAAUCAUGCUUUGGAUAACGCACUAUUACUCUGUAAUGAGUGAUGGUGUCUUGUGCAUUCCUUGGGAUUGGAAACUCUGAAUUCAGAUGAAUUGUUGAGCCUGUAAUAUGGUAUUCAUUCUCGUAGUUUCAUAUCAUUUUUUCAUUGCUUAUAUAGCUUUAACAGAACAUAUGUACCUACAUAGGUAUUGAAGUUUUGGAAACCUUGCCCCACUCAUUAGAUAUUAAAAAUGACUAUUUAAGUUUCAGCUUCCAAUUAUGACAAUGAUUAAUUUUUACCUUUAUACUUGUAAAUAGUAAUUAAUGGAGCUGUUUAUGGAACUCGUCUCUAAAAAAUGCUGAACUAUGCUCAGUAGGACGUGAAGAUUCUUAAAUGUCAAUACAAAUAACCUUAUGUGUAAAUAAAUACAAAUUUUUACUAAACAUUCUUAUAUGGAAUACUCUGAAAAUAGUUUUCAAAGUACUGUACUACAAGAUUAAACUUGUCAAUUAAACUAAGAGGGGUUUGUCAUUGCAGAGCGCUGGAAGGGUAUUAAAACUUCGUUUUCAAGUAUCAAUUGAGAAAAUCGUUGAAAUAAUGCAAUGGAUCGAAAUUCUGUAAACAACUUUUUUGUUUCUCUUUAUGGGCUUAGUGUUAAAAUAUGUUAUAGUUUUCUGAAAACAUUUUCAGAACUUGCUGCAUCCAAACGUAUAAAAUAAAUACGCGAAAAGCUUAUAUGUAGCCGAAUGGUGUUUUUCGCGUACGCGAUCAUUCAUUAAGUACUUGUACAAAGGUAGGUGGAGCGUUGCUUAAGGAGUGGGUUUUUAGCGUGUUGGCUCCCUGACA